CGACAAUUAAGAAGCAAAUUCAGUUCGGCUGGUCCGCGGAGAUAUAGAGUGCCUGCGUGACCAUAAUGGCCAUCUCCAAAUUCCAAGAACAAUCCAACCCAUUCCCCAAAUUCCUCUUCAAAAAUCAAAUCACACAGAGCACACACCAACAAGCACCGGACACCACUCAUCUGGCCCCUCACCUUCCCCUACCGUUUCCUGUGCCUCCUUUGCUCUGUUCAUCCCUGGGGAAUUGAAACGAAGAGGGAGUGAGAAGAGGGAAGGGUUUUUCUCUGUCUGGGCUCUCGUGGGUUUUGGUGAAAAUGGGGUUUCUGUUGGGUCUCGUGGUGGGAAUAGCAGUGGGCAUUGGGCUAAUAGUUUGUUUUGUUCGUUCUGAGAACGCCCGAUCCAAGCUUCGGUCUGAGCUGGCCACUACUGUUGCGGCGUUUGCGAGGAUGACUGUGGAGGAUUCGAAGAAGAUUCUUCCGGCUGAGUAUUACCCUUCAUGGGUCGUCUUCUCACAGCGACAGAAGGUAACCUGGCUUAAUCUUCAGCUCACAAAGAUCUGGCCCUAUGUUAAUGAGGCAGCGUCUGAGCUGAUAAAAGCUUCAGUUGAGCCGAUUCUUGAACAGUACAGACCGGUCGUGUUGUCUUCUCUCAAAUUCUCCAGGUUAACUCUUGGUACAGUGGCCCCACAAUUCACAGGGGUUUCUAUAAUUGAGGAUGGAGGUGAUGGUGUCACAAUGGAGUUAGAAAUGCAGUGGGACGGGAAUCCAAGUAUAAUACUUGAUAUCAAGACUAGGUUUGGUGUAACACUUCCUGUGCAGGUAAAAGAUAUUGGAUUCACUGGAGUUUUCAGGCUGAUUUUCAAGCCGUUAGUUGACGAGUUACCAUGCUUUGGAGCUAUUUGUUAUUCUUUGAGAGAAAAGAAAAAGUUGGAUUUUACACUAAAAGUUGUUGGCGGCGAUAUAUCAUCAAUUCCUGGAAUGUCUGAUGCUAUUGAGGGUUCGAUACGGGAUGCAAUAGAAGAUUCUAUAACAUGGCCAGUUCGUAAAGUUGUCCCCAUAUUGCCAGGGGAUUACAGUGACCUGGAGUUGAAGCCAGUUGGGACAUUGGAGGUGAAGCUUGUGCAAGCCAAGGAAUUGACAAAUAAAGACAUCAUAGGAAAAUCUGAUCCUUUUGCUGUAUUGUAUAUACGCCCUCUACGGGACAGAAUGAAAACCAGCAAAACUAUUAACAAUCAGUUGAACCCUGUUUGGAAUGAACACUUUGAAUUCAUAGUUGAAGAUCUGUCUACUCAACACUUGGUAGUAAAAAUUUAUGAUGAUGAAGGGCUUCAGGCGGCUGAACUCAUUGGAUGUGCUCAGAUACGACUAAGUGAACUUGAACCUGGAAAAGUGAAGGAUGUGUGGUUGAAAUUGGUUAAAGAUUUGGAGGUCCAGAGGGACAAUAAAAACAGGGGACAGGUGCACUUGGAGCUUUUGUACUGCCCUUUUGGCAUGGAUAAUGGAUUUGUCAACCCUUUUGUCUCCAGCUUUUCCUCCAUGACCUCCUUGGAGAAGGUCAUUAAAAGUGAGGUGGAUGGAACUGAAGGCAAGAGAAGGGAAGUAAUUGUUAGAGGAGUUCUUUCUGUUACGGUGAUUUCUGCAGAAGACUUGCCUGUGAUGGAUCUGAUGGGAAAGGCUGACCCCUAUGUUACACUGACCAUGAAGAAAUCAGAAACAAGAAACAAAACUAGGGUUGUGAAUGAAUGCUUGAAUCCAGUUUGGAAUCAAACAUUUGACUUUGUUGUUGAGGAUGGAUUACAUGAGAUGCUAAUUCUUGAAGUCUGGGACCAUGACACAUUUGGAAAGGACCAUAUGGGUAGAUGCAUCCUUACACUGACUAGAGUUAUAUUGGAAGGGGAAUACAAAGACAGUUUCCAGCUAGAUGGGGCUAAAUCAGGAAAACUAAAUUUGCGUCUGAAGUGGAUGCCACAGCCAAUUUACCGGGACAGUUGAGCGAUCCACCAAUGUUGGGAAUAUACUUUCUGUUCCAUAUGGUGUAUGAAGUGUGUUCGGAUGCUCUGCUGCAAAUGAUAUUGGUGGGUAAGGCUGAACUUACCAAUUCUGAGAAAGUAGUGUAGAACUGUACAUGAUUUUCAUAAAUACCUGGAAUACUGAAAUUUCAACAACAUUCCCAUGUAUAUUUGGAAGAAGAGAGAACCAAAUUGGCUUUAGGGAUGAAGUGGAGAAUUCGUCAUGCCAGCAGCUUCAACUUUCACAAGGUUAGCAGGAUUUGAUGUCCCUCUCUAUCUGCCCUUAAUGUAUUUAUGUAACACGCUUUAUGCAAACUUGACAUGUUUUCCUGGCCUUUUCUUGUGUUUGAGAAACAGAUAAUUUCUUUUCUUUCUACAUCUUUAUUUUAUUUCUAGUUUUAUCCUUUGAAAAAGUAUUGGACAAGUUGAUAUCAGGAUUUGUCUUCUUUUUGGUUUUUCAAAGAGCUGUAGGGGAAGUUUGGUUCAUCGCAUAAAAAAUAUUCUCGCACAAUGACAUUCUUGGGAAUCUCAUUCUUGAGAAUGGGAUAUUUGUCUCA